GAUGACGGCGGCGGCGACAGAGGCGCGCUUUCAGUGCGGGCAGUAAAAACAAAACACGCGUACUGUGGACGAAUCGCCACAGGAUGCACACGCUGAUCGCGCUGCUCCUCGCCGCUGCAGCAGCGUGCACCAUCGCUCGCCCCCCUGGGUUCAAUGACGACCGAGUACCUAGGGAUCGCCGUUAUCGAGAUGGAUUAUAUCCUGUGAAAGAGUUGAAGGAGAACGCACAGCGUUUCAUGUUGCGCCUGCUUACUGCACCCUACAAAUACGGAUAUAGAGGCGACUUUACAAGGGAUUUAAUGAACGGUGAGAUAGACAACAUGUACGAUGAAAAUAUGUUAGAACUAGUCAAAGGAUAUUUUUUAAAAUGGGUCGGGCCAGAUCCGCCUCCAGAAAAACCGUUAUCUCUGCGCGACAUUAUAAUUGAUGAUAACAUUAAUAAGUAUUAUAUGUAUAAUCCUGAAAUUCAGAAUAGUGCUAGACCAUUGAAUUUGGAUUCCCAUGCCUCAGGAUUUAGAUAUUUCCCACAAUCUGAGCCUAUGUCGGGCGGCCCUGAUUUUUUGGAUUCAGAGAUAACAACAUUGCAACAAACUCUGAGGGAUUCGAAAGCUCAAUCAGUAAAACAUGAAGAGGACAAUGGCACUAAAUAUACCGAUAAGAAUUGGAAAAAGUUUGCAUUGACACCAGAGGACAAGGAGUUCUUUGAAAGUGCUGAGGACAAAACUGAUCAUGAUAGUAAAUCCUCAGGCAUGUCCAUGAUACCUGUGAUGCACCACGAAGGCACCGCACCAAAAGUACCUUCUUUAAUUUUCGAGCCUCCGCGACAAACUCGGCAAAAUCCCACGUUGAGCAAGCAGAAACAUCUGGUUGAACCUGAUAUUGGCAAACUGAAAGCUGGACUGGCAAAUAAGGACUACCGUAUGCCCGUCUCAUUACUGCCCGUGCCUACCAAACUGCGCUGGUUGAAAAGCAAUCAACUCGAUGAGGAGAGCUCGCAUGAGGAUGGCGACGUCACAAUUAGACCUCUGGUCAUUCAAGUAGGUGACUCAAAUAUGGAUCCUGCAGACUCUCUAUAUGGAGUAGCUCUCGUCGCAGCGGUAGGUGCAGCUCUAUCCAUGGCUAUUUUGGGAUUUGCUUUCGGAUGGUACACAUUGUCUAAAAAGGCAAAAGCAGCUGCCGACGUAGACUAUCCCGCUUAUGGCGUGACUGGGCCUACCAUCGACACUUCCGGCGAUCGCAAGCUCGCGCACUCUGCCCACAUGUACCACUACCAACAUCAGAAACAACAAAUAAUUGCUAUGGAAAGGAACGGACUUGAACAACGGACCGGCUCAGUAUCUGAUCCGGAGUCUGAAGAAGAGAACGAGGAAGGUGAUUACACCGUCUACGAAUGCCCUGGUUUCGCUACUACGGGUGACAUGGAAGUGAAGAACCCUCUCUUCUCGGAGGAUCCAACUCCAGCCACUCCCGGUCAAUGCGAGGUGGUGAAGCCGCAGCCCAAAAACUAACUCGCUGAUGCGCAAUCGAUCAUUACACAGUCUAUUAUAAGCUAACCCAUUUUCGAUUUUUUUGAUGAUAAUCGUUUUCGAUUUCUAAGCCAUUUUUGGCUUUUAAAUAGAAGUGUGGUUUUUCGAAAACAUAUUUACUUGCAAAAAAUGCAAUUUUUACUUUGUCGUCAUUUUGAAAUUAACACUACGCAAAUUGCAAGAUUUUUCAUUUAUAAACAUAUAUUAAUAAUAUUUUAACUACAAGUUAUUCAUCAUAGAUUAUACUUACAUCAUAUAUGGACGGGGAACUAACCAAGUCCAAAUAAGUCUCUAGAAGAAGAGCUACCACACGUCAUCACUCAUUCCGCUGCCGGAGCACCUCCCGCUUAGGCAUAAUCUACUUCGGCAAACUUGGAAGUCUCUAAAUAGGUUGAAGACCCAAGUCACCCGAAGCAAGGAGAGCAUGCAGAGGCGGGGUUAUAGCUCGGAAGCGCAUGUGAGUGUGGUGUUCUCCCCAAACAAUGGCACAUAUUUUGUCCCUACACGCAAGGACCUGUACAACGCCACUGACAAUUAGCCCCCUUUACACAGUCCCUCUAUCGCGUGUGAUCAGGAGCAUACAGGUUUGUGCCCGGAAAGCCUGCACUCGCAAUCGUGCGCGAUUACUUGUUUCAUUUUUUUAAGCUAACGUUCCUUUGCGCGCGGUGGCUCGUGUUCGUUUGUGUUACAAGAAAAAGAGAAUCCGUAAAGGCUAAUAGCGCUGGAUAGACCGCGUGAAACUGGCGCGUGUUGAAAUGCGCGAAAGCGCGUGACUGUUAAGCGCAACCGCGCGGUCUUUCCCUUUUCCUUUCAGAGUCUUUACACGCUCUAUCACUUGCGGUAAAGUGUCUGUGUAAAGCUCGCUAAUGCUGUAUCGCUCGUUAGGUACUGGUUCUCACAAAUAUAAACGUCAGAAUCGACAUGCUGAGAAGAAGAAGAUUAACACUUAUUAUAUUAUAUACUGUAUAAUUUUCUUUAUUUUGAAUUUAAUUUAAAUUUACUGAAUAAUUUGGCAUUAAAAACGCAAAAACGACAUAUGCGAGUUAGUGUAGUAUUAAUUACUAAUGUCGAAAUAUUCUAGACAAGUCAAUCGUGUGUUGUAAAAAGAUGGAAGAUAAUUACUACAUCUUUAUUACUUUGUCUCUUCCAAUGGUCUCUUCCUGUGACAUUCCUUUUGUUUUGUACAACAGACGUGUAUUGGCGAUGUCUAUACAAUCUUUGAAUAUGAAAUAAGUGGAUAUGUUUGUCUCCGCUUGGUUUUCUGAAGCUAGUUAGAAAGGCAUAGGUAACACGGACAAAAUAUUCUCUAAAAUUCUUCAAACCUAUGUACCUUAUUGUAAAGUACAGGGAAAAGUUGUCAUAAUUAAAACUAAACGUCAAUGCAAGCGAAGUGUCAGGUCGAACUGGAACAGUAUCCGGUAAUUAGGGUAGUACAUAAUAUUACAUUAUAGUUAUUGCAUGAUCCUAUAUGUGUAAUGUCUAUGCAUAAUUCCUUGAUAGAAGAUAUUAGCAUGUAAUCCACAUUUGUUAUUUUAGAAGUGUUACUUGUAUCGUAAAUAUAUAUUAAACCUUUAUGUUAUCGGCCUAAGAACCAACGACUAAUUUGGAGAGGCGACAACUAAUCACGGCGGCAGCUAUUAUUAUAAGCAGUGAAUUUGCACCUGGCCUCUACUCAAAAUUCGAAUUGGCCAUAAAAUUAUUAGGUAAACUUUAAGGUAACGUACUGUUAUAUACUGAACUGCAUUUAAUGAAUAUUUUAACCCUAAUUAUAAUUUACAAAAACAUAUCUUCUACACAAUUUAUAACUGUACAAUUUUAUAGAAAAAAAAUCUAUUGAUUAUCUAUUUAAAAUGUCCUGUCUAUUAAAUGGCUCAAUAUUUAUAAUUGCAUAUUUAAAUUUAAAUACAGAUAACUAUAACAUCUUAGAAAAAAACGAUGAUUGUAUGAAGGUACAUGUAAUAGAUAGAUUUAUACCUACGGUGCUUACCCUGUCAAGUCCGAUGUAUACUUACCUACCUAUCCUUUGCACGUCCGGAUGAGAUUAUUAAUCAAAAAUACAGAACACUGAUAUGCCUACAAUUCGAUUGUUUAGUACCUUUCGUUUCGUGCAUUCUGCGGAAUCCAUGAGUUAGGCUCAGAGAGACUUACCUAAACAAACAUACGGUAGUGGUAUCGCGGCGGCGUAUUUAUUAAUCAUAGCAGCAUUACUUAUAGCUAGCUCAGUUUUUGAAGUCGCAAAGCGCCGCAGUAUCUUCAUACAUAAAGGCCAUUAUUCAAAGAAGACCAGGCUUCAUUUCAAUGCCAUACAAAAUUGUUAUUUAAUGGUAAUACAGAAAAAAUGUACGUCCAUCUAAUAGAAAAUAUAUGCGUAGUACACCAAUAAUACACGGUGUUAAUAGUGAUCAAACGUAAAAGUAUACAUAUUAUGUGGAUAGCACGUUUGUGUCGAAGUGUACACAAAAACCACAAAGUGAUGAUAUAAUAUCUAAACUGCGCGGUGCUGAAAGUCGUCACAUCUCAAAAAAUAUCAUAGAGUAGCAUGUCAGCAUCAAAAUAAUUUUAAGGUAAAAACGUUUUGCGCUCCACAAUAUGAGAAACAGUUCCGUUUUUACUUCUCAGUAUUUUCAUUUAAAAUAUCCGGGGGGGUCCAUUGGUAAUGUAGGUACCUAUAACAAUCGAUGAAACUUUAAAACAUUUUGCUGUAGCAUAGUCACUCUCUCUC